AUGAGGGCUCAAUUCAAGCUGGAGUGUAGCACACGAUCGAACAAAAGCAAAAUUUCCAGGCGGAGAUUCAGCGCUGUGGGUGUGGUGCGGACUGCAGUGGCAGGCCAGCGGUCAUUAGCGCCAGCCAAGAAGAGGAUAGACACAGACAGACAGGCCGGGAGCAAAGGCGAUGAGAUUGCAAUGCUGGAGAAGAUGCUCUCGGGGGUCGAACAGUCAGUAGGAUUUUGCCAUAAUGAUCUGCAGUAUGGGAAUAUUAUGAUAUAUGAAGAGACCAGACAAGUCACCUUGAUUGACUAUGAAUAUGCGAGUUUUAACCCUAUUGCAUUUGACAUUGCUAAUCACUUUUGUGAGAUGGCUGCUGAUUACCAUACAGCGACACCACAUAUGUUGGAUUUUUCAAAAUAUCCUGGUUAG